CGUAUUUUGCAUACCAGGUACGACUCCUUCAGAAAGUAGAGCGUGAUAAGGGUCUCUUUCUCACACCAGCCAGGAGCUGCGGCCCGGUGCUUUUAAAGGUGCUGCCAUCAUUCUAAGUGCCAGAAGAAGAAUGAGGAAAGUAUGUACACUUCAAAUCUCCUGACCUGCCUGUGCAACAUCGUGACAAACCUUCUCUGUCUUUGGAAUUACCCUACUUCAAGUGCCUUGGCUUAUUUUAAGGACGCUUAAGGAUUAUUUAUAGUGUACUGAAAACAAUGGAGUCUUUUAAAACACCCUGUAAACAAAAGAAGAUUCAGUCUGCAGGUUCAUCAUGUGGAACACCAACUUCAGUCAUCAUUCCAUCUUCUCCAUUUAUGCAGAAGCUUGGCUAUGGAACUGGUGUCAAUGUUUACCUCAUGAAACGAUCCCCUACAGGCAUGUCUCAAUCUCCUUGGGCAAUUAAAAAAGUUAAUGCAAAGUGUGACCAAAGCCAGCGACUUAUCUUUCAAAGCAGACUAAGUGAAGAAGCCAAGGUUUUGAAAGACCUUCAUCAUCCAAAUAUAGUAGGUUACCGUGCAUUUAUGAAAGCCAAGGAUGGCGAAAUGUGCUUAGCUAUGGAAUAUGGAGGAGAGAAGUCACUGAAUGAUCUCAUAGAAGAGAGACGUGAAAAGAAAGGUGGACCUUUCCCCGCUGCAGAUAUCCUAAAAGUUGCGCUGAAUGUAGCAAAAGGUUUGCAGUAUCUGCACGAUGUGAAGAGGCUACUUCAUGGAGAUAUCAAGUCUUCAAAUGUUGUAAUCCAAGGUGACUUUGAUGCUGUUAAACUCUGUGAUGUUGGUGUAUCUUUGCCACUGGAUGAAAAUAUGACAGUGAGUGAUCCUAAGGCAGAGUAUAUUGGCACAGAACCGUGGAAGCCUAAAGAAGCUUUAGAAGAAGACGCUGGUCCUAUCACAGAUAAGGCAGACAUAUUUGCAUUUGGCCUGACACUGUGGGAGAUGAUGAGUCUUUCUAUGCCUCACUUAAAUCUAGGAGAUGAUGACAGCAAUGACGAUGCCACUUUUGUUGAAGAUGAUUUUGAUGAGGAUGCAUAUUAUGCAGCACUGGGAACGAGGCCAGCCCUUUGCAUGGAUGUUCUAAAUGAAUCAUACCAAAAAGUGAUAGAGCUGUUUUCAGUGUGUACCAUUGAAGAUCCCAAGGGACGCCCAUCAGCUGCUCAGAUAGUUAAAGUCUUGGAAUCUGACCUACAAGCAGGAAGAAAUGCUAAAAAUCAUACCAGCAAAGAUUUUUGACUUGAGCUCCUUGCCCAAGACAUAGUUUUCACUUUAAAGGUUGGAUAAUGAUAUAGUGAUUUGAACAUGCAGUUAAGAAGCUAAGUUUUUUUUUUCUAUCUCAUCUUGGCCAGGUGCUCACAGUUUAAGAUUCCACAUCACAGAUAUUCAAGAAACAAGGAAUUUGUUUUUGCCAGUCAAGGGAUAUAAAUAAGAAUGUGCAGGUGUGCCUUCUAUAUGGAAAUCGUCAGCAUACAACUGCCUAAUUUAAUUUUUGUGUGACUUUCCACAUGUACUUAAUUUUUGACCUGGGUAUGGAUAACUUGCUGAUAUUUAAUUUUGAAGAGUCCAGCUCUUUUAUUUAAUUUUGGUUUAUUUACAUCUUACAGUCUAAAUGAAAUACAACAUCCUGUUUCCAGUUUUUGUAGAUGGCAGAUUAACAUAGUAGGAAAGAAGGUGACUUUAUUUAGAACCAUGCCGCCAAUGCUUAAUUUUAGUGUGGUUUUAAUCUAGCUGGCAUAUUAACUCAAACUUGGAGAAAUAUGCUACUUUUGUUAUGUGAAAGUUAAACUUAAUGCUGAGUGUUCUACCACAGGAAAAUUUGUAUGUUGUGUUGCCUCAUAAAUGAAUAAAAAUCAUUAGAAGCC